GGAUUCCUCCGCGCGAGUUCGCGGUGGUGAGGUCCGGGGAGUCGCCAUUUUCGGGGCUGAGCGGCGAGUCGGGAGUCCGUCUGUUCCGUCUUCACGUCUGGAUCCCUCCAGGAGGAGCAGGACAGCAUGCUGGGCUCCGGCUUCAAAGCUGAGCGCUUACGAGUCAAUUUGAGAUUAGUCAUAAAUCGUCUUAAACUGUUGGAGAAAAAAAAAACGGAACUGGCUCAGAAAGCACGGAAGGAGAUUGCUGACUAUUUGGCUGCUGGGAAGGAUGAGCGAGCACGCAUCCGUGUAGAGCACAUUAUCCGGGAGGACUACCUUGUGGAGGCCAUGGAGAUCCUGGAGCUGUACUGUGAUCUGCUGCUGGCUCGGUUUGGCCUUAUCCAGUCUAUGAAAGAGCUGGAUUCUGGGCUGGCUGAAUCUGUGUCUACACUGAUCUGGGCUGCUCCUCGGCUUCAGUCGGAAGUGGCUGAGUUGAAAAUAGUUGCUGAUCAGCUCUGUGCUAAAUAUAGCAAGGAGUAUGGCAAAUUGUGCAGGACCAAUCAGAUCGGGACUGUGAAUGAUAGGCUGAUGCACAAACUGAGUGUAGAAGCCCCACCCAAAAUCCUUGUGGAAAGAUACCUGAUUGAAAUUGCCAAGAAUUACAAUGUGCCCUAUGAACCUGACUCUGUGGUCAUGGCAGAAGCUCCUGCUGGGGUGGAGACAGACCUUAUUGAUGUUGGAUUUACAGAUGAUGUGAAGAAAGGUGGUCCUGGAAGAGGAGGAGGGGGCGGGUUCACAGCUCCUGUUGGUGGACCCGAUGGAACAGUGCCAAUGCCCAUGCCCAUGCCCAUGCCCAUGCCCUCUCCAAAUGCUCCCUUCUCAUACCCACUGCCAAAGGGACCAUCGGAUUUCAGUGGAUUGCCAGUGGGGACUUACCAGGCCUUUCCUAACAUUCACCCACCUCAGAUACCAGCAACUCCCCCAUCGUAUGAAUCUAUUGUUGGACCCAAGCCAGAAGCUCCUGCAAAGCCCCCUUCCAGACCCAUGGAUAAUUACAACAACUUUGUCCUGCCAGAGUUGCCAUCUGUGCCAGACACACUCCCAACUGCUUCUGCUGGAGCCAGUACCUCAGCAUCAGAAGACAUAGACUUCGAUGAUCUUUCUCGGAGAUUUGAGGAACUGAAAAAGAAAACAUAGGUCUCUUAAACCAGGAAGUGGAGACCGAACAGUUCUUCCUUGUAGCAGUGAAUCUCCAUGAAAUUCCGUUUCAUCUGUUAACCAUCACUGAGCACUCUUCCUUGGGGCUCUCUUGCUGCUCUACCAGUCGUGUUGCUUUCCAGUUCUCUAGUGACACUAAGAGACCAACAGCUGGAGACUGCUGGAGCAGGUGGCUUCUGGUGGCUGUGUUUGCCUGUCUGUCUGUCUGUCAGUCACAUGGAUCCUUGGUUCUCUCCUGGCCAUUCCAUUUCCAAAGGAGUCAGAAGUAUUGUGGGUAGAGUUGCCAAAGAUGGCUGGACCAUGGAAGAGAGUACCCUAUGACGUGUUUCAACCUUGACUUGUAAAUGCAUCCCUCUGAUUGGGGGUGAUUGUAGAGAGAAUCAUGGCCGCCAUGUGUUUUCUCAAAUGAGUUAGGUGGCUCAGGAAGCCACUGUGACGGUUCCUGGAGGCAGGGCCUCUCAUUGACCUAUACACUACUCCUUGCUGCAGGGCACUGUUCCACCUGGAUCCAGUUGCAGAGUUUGUUUCGAAAAGUUCUCUUAGUUCUACUGGAUUCUCAGGGAGCCCUCUGUGGCCUUUUGCUGUCUUUGAGUGCUGUGUUUCCCUUUUAGGAAAGAGCGGCACGGUGGGAGUUUGUUUUUCUCAUAGCAUGUUAGGUGGAAAGCAUAGGUCUCUAUCCAAGCCUGGGUGGGCUUCCAGUUGCCUUAAUAGAAGUACUCAAGUCUCUUGGGUAGAGAGCUGGAAGCCUACAGGAAAGGAGGGAUACAUUUUCAUUGGAAAACUUGAGGGAAUCUUUACAAACUAAUAUCUUAAGUUUUAGUGCCAUGUGGCUGUAGCUCACUGCUUUCCUGGGUGGAUAUGACUCUUUAUUAUGGUAACAUAUGUACUUCUUUGCCCCUAGCCAAAACCACCUUUCCCCAAGAGGUUAGCUUUGGGACUGGAAGAUGAGGUUUUUGGUUUUUUUUUUUUUUUUUUUUUGCUUAUGUAUAUUUCUGUACAUACCUGUUUCAAGCAACUUCAUUGUUUUUGAUCGUUUUGUCUCAUAGCUCAGUAGCUACUAAUAAAGAUCUCAUGUCCUACUUUCUCUAGUGUUGGUCAGAUGAAUGGAUUCUUAGUGGAGAAUAUUUUACCCAAGUGACUCAUAUUAGUGAUUAGCCAGAUCCAGCCUUCACUUUCCUUUCCCUUAGGACUGUAGGUGUCAGGAGCUGUUGGGGCUCAUUUCCAUCCCUGGACUUGAGCUCAGAUAGCAUCUAUGAAUUUGCUUGCCUGCUACUCUAUUUUUAGUAAGCUGCAGUUGAGCUCACUCUUGGCAUGAGUGGUGAGCAUUCUGUUUCCUGCUGGUUGGCAGUGUAGCUAUGUACUUAGCGUAUCAUUCUCCUUAUUACACAGCUGAAGUCCAUCAGCAAGAUUAUGGAGACAAUGGGAUUUUGAUUCUUCACUAACAAAAAAGUGUUACACUUCUGCCAUGAAAUGUAAAGUAUUAUCAAUAAUACAGUAAAAUGUAAGCUAGGCUAGGCGGUAAUGAGGUUAAGAGAGAUCUUAAGACACAGAUGUCAGUACCCAGUGUUGUCAGCAGGCUUCUCAGAUGCAGGAUUCUGCUGCUGGCGGAUUCCUAACAAACUUGAGAGCUUUUGUAGUAACAUAUCUGUCAGUGUAGCUUCUUUCUGAGUAUUUGAAGACAGAGAGUAAAGUAAGUGACCCAGGAUUGUAGGUGAAAGUACCAAAGAUACCCCUUCAAAAACCCUGUAAAUAUAGUAAAGACACUAAUAAAGGCUUACUGUCAGAUGGAGGGAAUGUCUACUGAAUGGUUGGAGACCAGUUGUUUAUGUCUUGGCAAUUUGAUUUCCUAGGAAAGUAACUGAGGCCACUAAAGGAAAGGUGCAUUAUGUCAUGGCAUCUUUGUAACCCAGAUUGGCCUUGAACUCUUGAGUUCUAUCUCCACUUCCAAAUGUUGGCACUGAAAGUGUGUGCCACCAUACCUGUAUUAAA